UUGCCGUGUUUUGCCGACGUAGAGCGAUCAAAACAAAUAGGUGAAAAUGGCCCAGCCUUGUGCUGCUAGUGUCUUAGAAUGGGUCCCAGAAACUCUUUACAAUUCGGCAAUUACGGCUGUAGUAGUCAGUUAUUCAAAACAUAGGAAAGAAUUAAGAUGUCUGACAGAAAAUAUACAAUUUGAUGUUUAUUAUAAGCUGUACACCCAGGGUCGACUAUGUCAGCUAGGAAUGGAAUUUUGUGAAUUAGAUAUCUUUGCAAAGGUUCUGACUGUGAGUGAUAAAAGGCAUUUACUGCACCACUGUUUCCAGGCGCUGAUGGACCAUGGCGUUAAAGUAGCAACAGUCCUUGCCGAGUCAUUCAAGUCUCACUGUGCUCAGAUCCUCUGCUCCCAGCGAACACAACUAGACAAAGCAAUCCAGCUUGGUUUCUCUUUAGGUGGGUUCUUGACAGAGGCCGGUUGGUACCCCCAGGCUGAGAAGGCCACAGAGGCAUGUCUGACGUUGUGCUCGCAAACAGAAGAGAUAAAAUAUUUACGUAAAGCUCUGGAGUGUUGCAUCAGGCUUGUAUACGUUCGCAAUGCUAACUGUAAAUAUCAAUCAUCAGAGGAAACGUAUAGACGGGCUUUGCGAACGGCCGACAAGCUGAUGGCACGCAAUUCAGUGGUGAACUUAGCAGCGGUUCAUGGUGAAAUGUGUGCACUACUUUAUGCUAGGAGUCAAUAUGAUGAGGCCCAUAAACAUUGUCUAGAGGCCUUGAAAAGUCUGCACUCUGGCAUGCCAGUCAAGAGCUCCAUAGAUAUAUUACGACAGUCAUCCAAAGCCUGUGUAGCUAAAAGACGUUUUAAGAAAGCUGAAAUCCUAAUAACUCAUGCUGUUCAACUAGCAAGGGAAUAUUUUGGAGUGCGUCACCCAAAAUAUUCUGAUGCUUUGUUAGAUUACGGCUUUUAUCUUCUCAAUGUAGACUCUAUAUGUCAAUCUGUUACUGUCUACCAGCAAGCACUUGAUAUAAGGUUGUCGGUAUUUGGAGGUAGGAACAUCCAUGUGGCAGUUGCUCAUGAGGAUUUAGCCUAUGCAUCUUAUGUUCACCAGUACAGCUCAGGGAAAUUUGAUGAUGCCAAAAUGCAUGCAGAACGGGCAAUAGAGAUUAUAACACAUAUACUACCAGAAGAUCACUUAUUACUAGCAUCAUCUAAAAGGGUCAAAGCACUUAUAUUAGAAGAGAUUGCCAUUGAUUCCCACGACAAAGUUCGGGAGGCUAAACUUUUACAAGAGGCCCAAGAUCUUCAUCUAUCCUCACUUAGUCUAGCUAAGAAAGCUUUUGGAGAAUUCAAUGUUCAAACCGCCAAACACUAUGGCAAUUUAGGAAGAUUAUACCAAUCCAUGCAUAGGUACAAGGAAGCAGAAUUAAUGCACAUCAAAGCUAUAGAGAUAAAGGAACGCUUAUUAGGUGAAGAAGAUUACGAGGUUGCACUGUCUGUUGGCCAUCUGGCAUCAUUGUACAAUUACGACAUGAUGAGAUACACAGAAGCAGAGUCCCUAUACCUCAGGUCUAUACAAAUCGGUAAAAAACUGUUUGGUCCUGGUUACAGCGGUUUGGAAUAUGACUAUCGUGGUCUAAUAAGAUUGUAUAGUAACUUGAACCUAUAUGAUAAAGUUUACGAAUUUCAAGAAAUUCUUACAAAUUGGAUGACAUUACGUGAAAUUAAUCGCAACCCAGAUGAUAUACUUGAAUACAUAACCAACUCUCGAGCGGAUGAGAGCAUCGAGGAAGUAUUGAAAAAGUUCUUCAAACUAGAAUGAUUAAUAUGGCAAGAAAACAAGUAGGCAGAGUCAUCACCAUAACAACAAUUAAUUGACAGUUACCAGCAUUAUUUUCUUUAGAAUUAUUGAGAAUGAAGAUCUUGCACAUGAUAUUGCCAGUUAUUGUUUGAAAAAAAGAAAGAAAUUGUGUUAAAUUUCUAAAAGGAACAAUGAAAUGGGAAUAUUUCUGGCAGAAAAUUUCUGAUAUUUCCCCUUUUCAAAACCAAAGCCAAUCUUCAGAAAGGUGUUCUCAUUUUUUGGUUGGAGAUUGUUUUGAUUUUUUGAUGCAAAAGCAGGAGUAUGUUAAGAGUUAUGUAAAAGCACCAGAUGCAAUAUUGAAAUGUUAUAAUAUAAGCUAUUUUGCAAGAAAAUAAUUGUAGAAGCAAACAGAUUAGUUUACAUUGUGCAUGGCUACAGUGCAAAGACAUUCUGUUUAGUUAUUUUUGUUACCUCUAUGUGAAGUAUUGUUGAUUUAAGCCUAGUAUCCGUAGUGCUUUUGUGAAGCCUUAAAAUAUUGGUGAAUAUAUAUGUUACUCUGAAAUUCAGUAUAAAUCAAGAAAUGGCAGUUGAUGUUAUUCUUAUGUUAAUAUUUGUUUAAGUAUUGUCGCAAGAAUCCGUAUAAUUUAAAAUGCUAAUUGUUAUUUAAUGUUUUAUUUAAGGUUUUGCAUAUCUAAUAAUAUCUUCAACUAAGCUAAUUUUAGUAACUCAAUUUUAGUCAUCAAGGGAUCCGAGUACAAUUGUGGUUAAAAAAAGUAGAGAGAGUAGAAAAGAAUAGAUAUCAUGUUCCUUAAUUUUGUCUAUCAAUAUAAAUUUACCCUUUGUCUUUAGAACCUUAACAUUGAACAAUCUCUACCACUUUGUGCCUAGUUAAAUAUAUGAACAAUGAUGACAUAAGCAGCUUAUGUUGUAGACUAAUCAUGAAUUCCGAUGGCUUUGGACAAUGCAGUAAUGCUACGCUAUUUCCUUUUUAGAUUAUAUUUUUUUAACA